UGGGAGUGAGAGAGAGAGGUAGGAGGAACGUACACAGCGGCCUCGUAGGGCAGUCGUUCCUCCUUCGUCGUUCCUUCGCGAGGCGCGGGCCGCGCUUUUAACGAAAUUAUUCCGUGGGAGAAAAAAGCUCUCUCGGCCCCUGGGCCAAGAGCCCCCCGACACUCGCCACAGGCGUGCCCACGUCUAUCGUCUGGAGUUCUCGGUUGCGUGCUGCCCUGUCAUAGGUGCGAGUGCCCAGGUGGAAAAGCGCGUGAAGGAGUCGGAAGUGGGGAAGAGACGCGACAUAGUCCUGGUCGUCGUCCGCGGUCAGUAUCGGCCAGGAUCGAAGACUUCCGCUGAGCAACAGACUCCGAGGGACUCCAGAGGACUCUGGGGAUCCUCCGCCUCGCGUAAAGGGUCAGUACCGACCAAACUCGAGGACUUAUCCCCCCCCGGCUGGAACGCAAGACGAGUUCAGUAAAAUAGACGCGAACCGCGGGGCUUCCAGAGGACUCUGGGUAUCCUCCGUCUAGCCUCCACGGGUAGUGUCGAGCGUUUCUACUGGGUGGAACGCGAAGCAAACUCCAAGCAACAGAUUCCGAAGGACUCCAGAAGACUCUGGGGGAUCCUCGACCCGCGCCCACGGUCAGUAUCGAAGACAUCGCUCGAGUGGAACGCGAGCGGAACACAGAGCAACGGACCCAAAGUCUCGAGGACUCCGGAGAACUCUGGGGAUCCGACGUCUUGCGUACACGAAUCGAGACGAAUGAUGUACAAUUGACGAAGACUGCGCAGCGCUAGGAAUGGCCCCAUUCAGUUCCGUCUUCCUGGGCGUCUGGGGAGUGUUUGUUAUCGUUUUGAUACAAGAAGCUAGGCCCGUCAGCUGGGAGGAAUGGUGGACCUAUGACGGUAUUUCCGGUCCCGGCUUCUGGGGUCUCAUCAAUCCCGAGUGGUGGCUCUGCCACAAAGGCAGACGCCAAUCGCCGGUGAACCUCGAGCCUUCCAGGCUUCUCUUCGACCCGAACCUUCAGCCCCUGAAUCUGGACAAGCACAAGGUCAGCGGGGUCCUCGCGAACACCGGCCACAGCGUGGUCUUCGCCGUGAACGACAACGACACGCGUCAUCCCGUCAACAUCUCUGGCGGGCCCCUCAGCUACCGUUACCAGUUCCACGAGAUCCAUCUGCACUUUGGCCUGGACGAUCGGACUGGUAGCGAGCACACGGUGGAUGGACACGCGUUUCCUGCAGAGCUGCAAAUAUUCGGAUUCAACUCGCUGCUCUACAACAACUUCUCGGACGCCCUGCACAGGGCGCAGGGCAUCGUCGCCGUGUCGCUGCUCCUCCAGGUGGGGGAUCGCUCGAACCCGGAGCUGCGAAUAUUCACCGAACAGCUGGAUAAUAUCAAAUACGAAGGCCAGACGAUGGAGAUUAAGCGUUUCGUGGUGCACGAACUCCUGCCGGACACGAAAUAUUACAUGACGUACGACGGCUCCACCACGAUGCCAGCCUGCCACGAGACCACCACGUGGAUCAUCCUGAACAAGCCGAUAUACAUCACGAAGCAGCAGCUUCUCGCGCUGCGGCAGCUAAUGCAAGGGGACAAGAAUCAUCCAACCGCCCCGCUUGGAAAUAAUUUUCGACCGCCGCAGCCGCUUCAUCAUCGUCCCGUGCGAACGAACAUCGACUUCAACAACGCUCCGGGAUCGAAAAACUGCCCGACGAUGUAUAGGGACGUAUAUUACAAAGCAAACAGCUGGAAAUAACCCUAAGAAACCGAAGGGGUCCGCCUGGCGUUCAGCAGUUAACUACGCUUUCCCUGGGACGAGCUGGAAAUUCGCCGUUAAGAGAAUAAAACCCAUUGACAUAUCAAUUAAAAUGAAACGCGCGUGAUCAGCGGGUCACCGUCGAGCCGAAACGAGCGUUGAGGUCGCGAGAGCGAGUGAGGGUGAGAUAGAGAGAGAGAGAAAGAGAGAGAGAGAGAGAGAGAGAGAGAGGUGCGCAAGAGUGAGAGAGAGAGAAAGAGAGAAACAGAACACACAACAAAAAAAGAAAAAAAGAAUUGAAAAAUGCUUCGUUGUACUAUUAGACGUGAAUUGCCAAGUAUGUUUCCAGUAACGAGAAAAAAAAAUGAAGAUAUACAGAGAUAUAUAGAGAUUACAAC